UCCAUCAUUUUCUCCCCUCCUGACGAAUGUAUCUGACGCCCUCUCCCUCUACGUUUCUUCUUUCUCUUUCUUUCUCUCUCUCCCUCUCUCCUCUCUCCUUUGUUCCACGACGGACGCGCUUGAACGACGGUUGAAUAUACGCAUUCUCUCUUGCGAACCUGUCCAUCUCUUUCUUUACUCAUCACGAUUGCCCUUAGUCGAAGUUAAUUGGAUCCACUGCCUCCUUCAUUACUUCCUGGUCGGGCGGUGCGGUGUGAAUCUGUCUUCUGCUGCCAUAUCCUCCCGUGCCUUCAGUACCUCGUACACUCGUAUUAUCUAGCUAAGGCCGACUGUUCAUUGAGUAAAAGGUUGCGCGCGAGGUAUAUGAUGUUUGUAGCAGGGAGCUUCUGCGUCCCGCUGGUUGUUCCUACAAAUGCCAUCUUGGUUCUGGUACAGGAGUUAUUGCGGAAGCGGUAAACUGGCCAAAUUGUGCUCUGAUUAUGUCGAACGAUGUGGUGGAUUCAGUUUGGUGACAUUGAAACAUUCACGUCAUAAAUGGAUUCUCUGUGGCCCCUCCCAGGGGAGUGUCGGCAGCUUCUGGACGGAAUGUUCUGGGAUCUGGAAUCACCUUCCGAUCGUGUUGCAAACUGUUUACCCCCUGGUCCGAAAAUAAAAUACACUUCCAAGGAUGUACCCUGGCCCUUGCCUGUGCGUCACUAUGAACGAUCGUAUGCUGGUGUUGUGAGUACGAGGUCGACAUUGGAUCCUCUCGGAAAUUUCAAAUUCUUCGUCUACUCUAUCCGCUUCAGUGUUGUCGACAUUGGUUCUGAUCCAAAUCAGAACUUGGCCUCUGACUUUGCCCUGAUCACUGCUGAAGGUUUGGAUGCCGAAGUAGCUCAAAUGUCGGUUAACCUGUAUCUGCCUUCUCAAGCGUGUGUAGUGGCCAACACCAAGGCUUGUGGGACUAUAGCGCUCACUGCCGAUCAGCUUGAUCUUACCAAACGCUUCAAUGCUUGGCUGUUCAAUGUCGUUCUGGGAAAGCCACCUUUUCCAGCUGGAUCUACACCAAAAUACAUCGAUAGUCCCAAAGGCUACUACAUUCUACCCUUGAUGGACAAAAUCGAACAUGUGGUGGACUUUGAUUGGACCGUUGUAGAAUCUGCCCUGAUCUCUGGUAUGAUCUACAGAAAAAAGGUGAAAUUCUUUGGCGGUUUUGCGAAGUUGGAAGCAGCAGAUAUCGACUGUGAUGUGACUGACUUGGAAGCAGGACAGUUGAUUUUGAGAAAUGGAAGAUUCUCAGAAGGAGAUCUGGACGAUGCCAUGAUCACAUGUGCCCACAAUGGCAUGCCUUGUUACGUCACUGCCAUAUCGGAGCAUUUAAACGGUUGGAGCUGCUUCCCCUCGAGUGAUAACAUCCGAAGCCUGUCCUAUGCAGACUACUAUGCUUCGAAGUGUGAAUACCAGUUGAGAUUCAAAGAUCAGCCCUUCUUGAAGGGCUGCCGACUGUUACGGGCGUCCAAUUACUUGAAACGUCAGGAACCCGAUGCAGCAAAGGGCAAAGACCUUCCGAAAUCAAACGAACGUUUGGAGCUGCCUCCAGAAAUUUGUUCCCUUCAUCUGGGGAUCAAAGGGCGUCUCUGUCGUGGUGCUAUGCGACUACCGUCUGUUUUGUACAGUCUUGAGAUGGCGUUGUUAGCUGCUGAGCUACGGGAUCGAAUUGGUUUACCUAUUUCAUGCUUCAAGGUGUUAGAAGCGUUGACAUCUCGAGCCUGCCAAGGUGACGUUUCAUACGAGGCCUUAGAGCUUCUAGGGGACAGUAUACUCAAGUUUACCGGGUGCACGUUUCUUUUCCUCAAGGAUAUUCUUCAAACUCAAGAUCAGCUUGGAGCCACUCUUUAUGAACUUGUUAGAAACAAGACACUCUUUUAUUGUGCUGUAGUCCGUGACUUGCCACGGUAUGUAUUUGUGGAGCCGUUCGCCCCAAGUUUGUGGAUCCCUCCUGGUCUGAUACGAUGUGAGAUGAACCAGACCUGCAUGUUGAAAGACAAAAGGCAGAGAUUUCUUCUCGUUUCUUGCAGGACACUAGCGGACAUUGUCGAGGCUUUGAUAGGAGCUUAUCUCAUGAACAGUGGUCUUGAUGUUGCUCUGAAAGCAAUGGCUUGGCUCAGUGUCCCAAUCAAAUUUCCUCCGACAUUGCCACAAGCCAUUAUAAGCAACCUUUUUGCAGAAGCAAGUUCUCUGGAUUUAUAUAAGCUGAUUGACGUGGAUAGGCUCGAGAGAAAGCUAGGCUACGUUUUCAAGAACAAGUGCCUUCUUGCUGGGGCCUUGAAUUACGAUUCACAAAAAUCUACCUGCAGUCUCCUUUUUCAGCGAUUAGAAUUUUUAGGGGAUGGGAUAUUUGACUUUGUCAUAACCCGUCACUUAGUGGGUACAUACCAGGAGUUGGACGAGGGCAAGUUGAGUGAAUUAAAACAAGCCAUAAGGAACAAUGAGAAUCUUGCUGCAGUGGCGGUGCGCCACCGCCUCCACCCAUACUUAUGGCAAGUUUCUCCAUCUCUCAAGAAGUCCAUUGCUGAGUUCGUGAGUUCGUACAUCUCAGAGGGGGGUAAAGCUUUUGGGCUGUCGAAUGUCUGCGCACCCAGGGCCCUUGGAGAUCUAUUGCAGACCAUUGCUUCCGUUGUGUUUCUGGACUCAGGAUUUGAUAUUGAACUAGUUUGGAAGAUCGUCAGACCGUUGCUUGAGCCUCUAGCUACUCCCCUUACGGUAACUUUGCAUCCAAUCAAACAGUUGGAAACUCUUUGUCUGCAACGAGGAUGGAAUCUGAGUAUUCACGUGAACUGUACGGAAGGGUUCGUACAGGCUCAAGUUAUAAUCAAUGAGCUGGUAAUGGGGAAUUCUCAAAGUGAGGAUAAGAAGGUGGCAAGAAGACUCGCGGCUACCAUGGCACUUCGUUUGAUUUCCCAUCCGACUACCAAUCUAGACUUAGCUGGAGAGAAGAGCCGCUGUCAAGUAUGACAUAGAAAUGUGAAGACAGUGGCUGGUCUGAGGGUAUGAUCAGCGAAACUGAGAUUGAGAAACGGCCCGGACUCUUACUGGAGACGGUAGUCCUGGAAGUGGAGUUCACGUCGAAGCAACCAACCACCUUGCCCACGACAAGGAAUGAUCAGAAGGAAAGAAUCUCUGAACUGAAUGCCAGCAACAGAGAUAAAACACUAAGGAUGUUCGGCCAAUUUGGCACUGUGCUCGCUGAUCUUGGUCCCUUGCCUCCCAAAGUCUGGAAAUGACAACGGGUAUGAUGGGAGCUAUGAACUAUACCCACCUCUCGUAUAGCACAAGAGUAUAUGCUGGAAUAGUUCUGCCUCUUUUCCCUCCUCUCUCUUAUAGACGGUUGAUGCUCAGAAGAAACAGUCAACAAAUGUCGCUGGUCUGUAUCCCUAACUGUGUACAUGUAGAAAAGAGUCAUCUACCUACCACUACUCCCCUCAAAAGCAUACACGAGGGGAAUAAUCGAUAGAAUCAUGAGUUGCAAUUUUGGUCUCACUCCGAUCGGGAGCACAGUGGGACAUGUAACGAGAAGUUUUGAUCACGAUGUGAGUAAAAUAUUAGCCGC